GAUCGACCCAAAACGGCCGAGGAAUUCAGAGCUUCUCUAUUCGGACCGGAGGAGAUGCGGCCAGCUAGCCUCUUUUUCAGGCGAUAACGGUUCGACACGGGGCUCGGUGGAUGCUGUGAAAACUAUGGCAGCCGCAAAAGAUGGCGAAAGACCAAGUCUGUCGUCACUGGGCCUCGUCAGCGCUGCGUCGCGCAUUGGCGUCUUCGUGGACGAUGAUCUAUUUGGUGACGAGGACAGGUACAUUCCUGAGGAGCAAGAUGAUCUGGCCGACGAACCACGAGCGGAUGAAGAUGAUGAAGUACACGAGGCUGCUCCUGGCGACCUGGGCUUAGCAGAAGCCAUCGCAGCAUUGUCUAAUGACAUUGAGCGUCUAGCCGCCCAGGAUGCCGUCGUUGAUUCUCUUACUCGAAAAGCAGAACUGACAAACAACACAGCCGAGCUUCGCAUUUUGAGAAAGUCUAAAGCGAGCUUGCAAAGAGAAAUGCGACGCAAGGAACUCCAGAGGCAGCAGUACGUGGUGCAAGAAAGCGACAACAGCUUAUACGGGCGAUCUACAGUCAGGAUAAAGUCUAUCCAAGUGGGACGAGAAGAUGAUGGGAGGGAAUUCGCCUUGUACGUGAUCGAAGUGCAGAGAAACGCUGGCGAGAAGAUGCCGGCAGCUACGUGGAUGGUGACAAGACGGUACAGCGAGUUCCACGAGCUUCACCAGAAGCUUCGUUCAAGCGUACCAUCUGUCAGAAACCUCGAUUUCCCUCGGCGACGGGUCAUGAUGAAGUUCCAAAGCGAGUUCCUUCGUAAGCGGCGAGCUGCUCUGGAAGUCUAUCUACGUGAACUGCUUCAGUUGCCAGAGGUAUGCCGUAGCCGGGAUUUGCGCGCAUUCUUAUCGCAAAGCACAAUUGCCGAGGGCCAGGACCUCGUCGACCGAGAGUAUCAGAGGGAUAUGAUCACCCGUCUAUAUGACUCGGUAACGGACGGCAUGGAAGAUAUUUUGGGUAACAUCCCGGUCCUUGACCAGCUAUCGGUGGCUGGGCAGAACCUCAUCGCGGCGGCCACCAGCCAGCUCAACACCAUGCCCUUGGGUGUAGCCGAGAACGGCAUCAGCGCGGCCGAGGCUGAGGCUGAGCUGAACGCUUUUGAAAACAAGGAAUUAGAGCCCUUCAUCAAACCAAUCUGCGAUAUCUUUCUGGAGGUAUUCGAGCUAAACAGGGGCAACAACUGGCUUCGCGGCCGAGCUGUUGUUGUGGUGUUGCAGCAGCUCCUGGGAGGCACGAUUGAAAGGAAGGUAAGAGACAACGUCAAGUCACUCGUUCAAGAGGAAUCCAUACUCCGUUAUAUCGGACUGGUGCGCGACAGCAUGUGGCCCGACGGACAGGCACGAAAAGAGCGAAAGGCCAGAACUGCAUCUGAGAAGAAGAAAAGUCGCACAGAGGCUAGCUUGAUGCUUGCAACACUCGUUCCUGAUGUUGCCGGCAGUGUCGUAGGGAGGGCGAACGCCCAGGCUGCAAGCAGACGGAUAUUCGCGACUCUCAAUAAUUCCAGGCUCAACGCUCAUCUUGCCUUCACUCUGAUGGACGAGUUUAUAGAUAUAUUGUUUGAGUGACACAAUGUUUGGGGGAGGCAGGGUUGUGAUCCGAGGCUUUGGAGGAUGGGAAUCAUUGCAUACAUAAAAGAUUGAGAAUUUUACCCAGAGGCGUC